GCGGGUUGGUUGGGCUUGUGUUUACAGCUCGGCUGGAUGCUGUUGGCUGCUGAUGCUAUUGGGAAAGUGCAAUGUUGUGCCAACCACCACUGGAAUAAAUACAACCGUGGGAAUAAAGGUGAUUUUGCUCAUCAUCUCCCACCGCUUCCUCCUCCCGUCUUCCAUUCAUGAGCAGCGUGGCUGAAUUUAACAGCGGCAGCCAUGGAUGACAAGGGCUCGGUGGGGAAGAUUAGCGUGUCUUCGGACUCAGUGUCCACUCUCAACAGUGAGGACUUUGUCCUUGUGUCCCGGCUGGGGGACGAGACACCCUCCUCCACUAAUAAUGGUAGUGAUGACGAAAAGACAGGACUGAAGGUGAUUUCUGAGGAAGGGGUCAGCUUUAAGAUUGUGGGGAAUGGAAGUGAGCAGCAGCUCCAGAGGGAGUUAGAGGAUGUCCUCAUGGACCCGUCGGUAGCUGACACUGGGUUCGGACCAGAAACAGGAAUGGACACCCUCGGUGGGGGCGACCAUGGCCUUCUUCCCACUACAGCCUCACCUGUACCGCCAGGCUCUGACCCUCUAAGUGCACCCCCAGCCAAGGUGGAGAUGGUACUCCCAGUUCAGACGGCUCAAGAGAGUGAGCUGAAUGAGAGGUCGUAUCGAGCAGAUGAAUCAUCAUCAGAUGGCAGUCCUAGCAGUCCCAUCCCAGAUGAGGACAGUGUUGUCUUCAGCCAGCUGACAUAUCUGGGGUGCGCCUCGGUCAACGCCCCACGCAGUGAGGUGGAGGCCCUCCGUAUGAUGAGCAUCCUCAGAGGGCAGUGCCAAGUUCCCCUGGACGUCACGCUGUCUGUACCGGGUGUGUCAGAGGGCACUGUCAGGUUGUUGGACCCCAACAGCAGUACAGAGAUCUCCAACUACCCAAUCUAUAAGAUUCUAUUCUGUGUGCGAGGCCAUGAUGGCACACCAGAAAGCGACUGCUUUGCCUUCACUGAGAGCCACUACAAUGCUGAGAUCUUCAGGAUCCAUGUGUUCCGCUGCCAAAUCCAAGAGGCGGUGAGUAGGAUACUGUACAGCUUUGCCACAGCAUUUCGGCGUUCAGCUAAGAGGGCAGUUCUGUCAUCUCAGCAGACUGCUCCACUCACCCCUGACAGUGACUUGUUUACCUUCACCGUCAGCCUGGAAAUCAAGGAGGAUGAUGGGAAGGGUACCUUCAGUGCUGUAGCAAAAGACAAGGACAAGCAGAGCUUCAAACUGCGUGCAGGAAUGGACAAGAAAAUUGUCAUUUAUGUCCAGCAGACUUCCAAUAAGGAGUUGGCUAUUGAGAGGUGUUUCGGUCUCCUGCUCAGCCCAGGGAAGAAUGUGAAGAACAGUGACAUGCACCUGUUAGACCUGGAGUCAAUGGGAAAGAGCUCCGACGGGAAGUCUUACAUCAUCACAGGAAGCUGGAACCCCAACACGCCUCAGUUCCAGGCUGUGAAUGAGGAAACGCCCAAAGAUAAAUUCAUGUACAUGACGACAGCAGUGGACCUGGUGAUCACAGAGGUGGAGGAGCCAGUCCGUUUUCUGCUGGAGACGAGGGUCAGAGUGUGCUCUCCAAAUGACAGGCUGUUCUGGCCCUUCAGCAAGCGUAGCUACACUGAGACCUUCUACCUUAAACUACGACAGAUGGAACGGAAGGAGCGCAAGAGUCCUGCCUCUGACACACUGUAUGAGGUGGUGAGUUUGGAAAGCGAAACUGAGAGGGAAAAACGGAAGACCACAGCAAGUCCUGGUAUCCUGCCCAGUGGGCCUGGUACCAUGGUUUCAUCACCACCUGAGGAUGAUGAAGAAGAAGAUAAUGAUGAGCCGUUACUCAGCGGGUCAGGUGACGUUUCUAAGGAAUGUGCUGAGAAGAUCUUGGAGACCUGGGGUGACUUGUUAUCCAAGUGGCAUCUGAAUUUAUCAGUGCGUCCCAGGCAGCUGCCAGCUUUGGUGCGGAGUGGCAUCCCAGAGGCUCUCCGUGGGGAGGUGUGGCAGCUCCUGGCAGGCUGCCAUAACAAUGACCACCAGGUCGAGGAGUAUCGCACUCUUAUAACAAAGGAGUCCCCACAGGACAGUGCCAUCACCAGGGACAUUAACAGGACAUUCCCAGCUCAUGACUACUUCAAAGACACUGGAGGAGAUGGACAAGACUCCCUCUAUAAGAUCUGCAAGGCGUACUCUGUGUAUGACGAGGAGAUUGGCUACUGCCAGGGACAAUCUUUCUUGGCUGCUGUGCUGCUGCUGCACAUGCCAGAGGAGCAAGCUUUCAGUGUGCUUGUCAAGAUCAUGUUUGAUUACGGGCUCAGGGACCUUUUCAAGCAGAACUUUGAAGAUCUGCAUUGCAAGUUCUUCCAACUUGAGAGACUCAUGCAGGAAUAUAUUCCAGAUCUGUACAACCAUUUCCUGAACGUGGGUCUGGAGGCUCAUAUGUACGCUUCUCAGUGGUUCCUCACCCUCUUCACAGCCAAGUUCCCUCUUUACAUGGUCUUCCAUAUCAUCGACCUGUUACUGUGUGAGGGCAUCAGCGUGAUCUUCAAUGUAGCCUUGGCACUUCUGAAGACAUCAAAAGACGAUCUGAUCCAAACUGACUUUGAGGGUGCACUGAAAUUCUUUCGUGUCCCGGUUCCGAAAAGGUAUCGCUCUGAGGAAAAUGCAAAGAAACUGAUGGAGCUGGCCUGUAGCAUGAAGAUCAGGCAGCAGAAGCUAAAGAAAUUUGAGAAGGAGUACCACACCAUCAGGGAGCAGCAGGAGCAGCAGGAGGCCCCCAUUGAGAGAUAUGAGCGGGAGAACCGUCGUUUGCAAGAGGCGAACAUGCGCCUGGAGCAGGAGAAUGACGACCUGGCACAUGAACUUGUCAGCAGCAAGAUUGCCCUGCGUAAAGACCUCGACAAUGCUGAGGAGAAGGCAGAUGCCCUGAAUAAAGAGUUGCUGCUGACCAAACAGAAACUGGUGGACUCAGAGGACGAGAAGAGACGACUGGAGGAAGAGUCUGCACAGCUGAAGGAGAUGUGCAGACGAGAGCUUGAUAAGUCUGAAUCAGAGAUUAAGAAGAACGGAUCCAUUAUUGGAGAAUAUAAGCAGAUCUGCUCCCAGCUGAGCGAACGACUGGAGAAACAGCAGACAGCCAACCGAGGAGAGCUGGAGAAAAUUCGGUCCAAAGUGGAAGGCUGUGAAAAGUGCAGCAGUCUUUUCAACAAAGAGGGUCGUGUACGGGCUGUGACCACAGCGCCUGCUGGGGAGAAUGAGGAGACAGACGAGGAGAAGGAAGGUUUGAAGAACCAGCUGAGGGAGAUGGAGCUGGAACUAGCCCAGACUAAACUGCAGCUGGUGGAGGCUGAGUGCAAAAUCCAGGACCUGGAGCACCAUCUGGGUCUGGCCCUCAACGAGGUGCAGGCUGCCAAGAAGACCUGGUUCAACCGAACACUGAGUUCCAUCAAGACCGUCACUGGGACCCAGGGCAAGGAGACCACCUAACCUAACAUCCUCAACACCCCAUCACCUAGUUUUACCCAGACCAUGUCUGGAGCUCAGUGCUACUCACCACACUGAAACCUCUGGACCCCUAACUUAACCCACCGGGCCAUAACUUUAACUUGAACAUUGACUGUUAAGACCCAGGAUGACCAUUACUACAGACUGUGUUAUUUGUCCCUCUUUAAAAAAUGUCCUUGUGUUUCCUUCCUGAUCUAAUCACCGCACCCAUUUCUUUGCCUCUCCACCCAAAAAUGACUACAGCCAACCGCACUGAUGAGAAGAGGUUGAAAAAUGUAAAGUACAGUGGUACCAUUUUCCCCAGAGAAACAAUGUGCUUCCAUCGGUCACACAGAAAGAAAAGCAUAUAAAAAAGAGAAAUGCUUCAUUAAAUUUCUGUCUUUGUACUGCUGAUAUUAAAGACCCGCAGAAGGAAGGUUGGACAUCAGAACUGUAUCUGUCCUGACGGGAUAGAGAAGAAAACACUCCGUCCUUCCUUGCUGUUCUGCGCGCUACCCUCUAAACUACUGGCACAGAUGAAACCAGUCCCUGUACAUGAGUUUUUUUUGUUUUGUUUUAGGUACGAGAGCUAAUAGACGCUUUUCAAAACUGAGCUUUUUCUAAUUUACGUUGAACAAUAACUUUCUUUUUCUAUGUAUGUACAUGAAUGUGCUUAUGUAAAGAGGAAACGUGUGUGUAAGUGCGCAUGUUUGUUUGUUUUUAUGUUUUUGUGAGGUGUAUGUUCAUGUGUGUGUGUGAGAAGAAAACAAACAUGGUUGAAUGCAUAAAUAAUUGACUGAUAUAACGUUAAGCUGUGCGUGUGUGUGUUUGUGUGUGUCUGUGCGUGUGUGUGUGUGUGUGUGUGUGUGUAUAACUAAAGUUGGGAGAGUAUUGUGUUGAAAGUCCAAGGAAAGAAAAAGCACUAAGGUUAUGAAUGUGUGCAUGCAUGUAAGAGGAAAAAAAAAGUUGUCCAGUUUCUUUAAAUGUUCAAAUGUGUAUAUGAAUGAUGCUAAAGAGAAGUUUGCUGACAAAGCCUUGAUAUGAAGGUCGAUGAAGAUGAUUUUAGUGGAUAUGAAAAUGUAAUUUACAGAAAAAAAAAAAACCCAGAAGCAUAAGAGCUGUUGUGGUUACCAACAGCAACAUUGAUUUCCUCACAAAAACCUUCAGACAUAAAACAUUUCAGAGCUUUGUUUGGUUUGGAUCUCCCAGCACAAAGAAACUUAAAAAAGCUCCAAACCAUGCAAACCUCUGCAUGUGUUACACAGUAUGUUUAUGUAUGUUGUCCACCCCUCAAGUGAUGCGACGCUUCUUAAAAACGUGGCUCAGUGUGACGCCAAAAAUGGGAAAACACGCACACGCACACACACACAAAGGCAAAAUGUUGUAAUUACUACUGCAGUUGAACACGCCUUUAAAAAAAACCUACCGCCCUCUUCCCUGGAGCCAGCUGCUGUGUGGGGUUUGACCUUUGACCUCAACUUGGCAGGUCAUGUUUGAUAGGUUGUAGUGCAGGGUGGCAUGCUGUGUUGUGUUAAGUUUGUCAGGCCUUUUGGGAUUUGGUUUACCACUACACAUACCAACACUGAAUUACUAUGUAGAUACACACUGUACAGAAGAAAAACACACUCAGUGGCCACUUUGUUUGGAACACCUGCUCAUUACUGCAAGUUCUCCAAAACACGCACGACGAGGCCAAAAGGUUUCGUUACUACUGAGAAAACUUUUAGGACGACGUGUAAUCUGAAAGACGGUAUCAUUACCGAGGCAACAGAAGAGUGGUCAUCUUCAUACAGAACGGCGAGAAUAAGAAACCAUUGAUAGUACUCUGGGCAAAAACGCCUUGUGGGAAUGGCCUGAAAUAUGUUAAAAACUAACAAGAAAGCCACAAAAUUCUGUCAACGCAUGACUUGUUGAAUAUUAAACAUGAGUCAACAGUUCUGAGUUUUGGUUAGAACAUAUUUCAUGAUGAUAGGGUAGAGAUUUAGCAUAAACAGCUUCAAUCUUGUGUUGUUUAAAAGGUCCAAUCUGGUGGUGUGAUAGUGAGGAAAGUGUUGACGCAGCGUACAAAAAGCUGUGUCACUGUCCGAGCGUGUCUUCUCACGGCUGUGUGACAAAGCGCUUAUCGUGUCAAGACGGCUGCAGGAGCGUGACAGAAAUGUGUAUUUAUACCAGCUGCCUGCGUUCGACACAGUAGAGCACCUUUGGGAUAAGAAGGAAGAGGUAAAUCACGGCACGGGCAUCUCACUGUUCGCAAAUAUCUGGAGGAAUUGAUCGACUUUAUCGAACCGGCGUGAAGUAAAAUCCCUGUGAAACAUUCCUAAACACCUUUUAAUGAAUUCAUGCCUCAAAGAAUUCAGAGUAUUAAUGAUGCAAAAGCAGAAUUGGAAGUGGCCACUGAGUGUAUUUACACACACACUGUUGUGAACGUGGGGGCAGAAAAGUCACACACAUUAAGAAACUUGUCAACUGCCAGAAGUGUAACUCUGCACCUGAAGAGUAGAUCAGUAUCACUCGAGUUCAAAUUGAAGUCACCAGAGGUCAAACUGGCAAGCACUCUAAAUCAGUCCAGAGGGGACCGGGAGUACAGGGGGAGGGGGUCUAACAACUGCUUGCUUGUGUGUUUUCAUAUUUAGCUGACCCGAAAGGGGCCUAGAAAUAUUCCAAUUUCUAUUCUAAUCAUAUUAGACUGAAAAUAAAAGAGAAAUAACUAUAUUUCCUUUCCAGCCUAAAAUAAACUUUACUGUAAAUUGCGUCUAACUUGAAGGUGGAAUCUGAUUCGCUGGAAUCUACUUGUGAUGUCAGAGGAAAAGUCCAGAUGACAGAAACAAAGGGCCGUUCCUCUAAAGGCACUGGGUUGUAUAUAACGAACAUUAAAAAAAUGAAUAUGGAGUUUUUGUUUAUGAUUUUCUACUCUGUAACUAUAACUAAUGUUGCCUACUUGUACCUACCUACCUGCUGCCGUGCUACAGUUUAAUCUACCACAAUGUUUUCUGUUUUUUUUUAAUGUUUAUUUUGCUCCGAGCUUCUCAGUCAGACUGCUGUUUGGUUAAUUAAAUGCCAAAACGUAGCUUUAUCAUCCAACAACAAAAACAUUAUCAACGUGUGGAAAUUGUAAUAGUUUAGGAUGCAUUGUGUAUACUUCAUGAAUUUCAAUAUAAAGA